AUCGUCGAGGACGGCGUCUUUAGGCUACUCUCGCCUUUGCGCCACCUCGUUCCACUCCUACCUUCUUCAGCUUCAUCGCGACUGCUCUACGAUUGUUCAGCAUGGCGCUCACGCCUCCCACUAUCAGGGGUUCGCGCCUGUGCUCUACGCCGUCUAUCACCUCGCCGCUCAUGCUCCUCUCCGACGACCUGCUGCUUCAAGUCUGUUCGAUGGCUUACCCCCAAGACGUCUUCUGCCUGAGCGUAUGCAAUUCGCGACUGCACAGCUUAUUGGGAGAGACUUACUGGCGACAACGGGCCCAGUCUCUCGGUGUCACCCUCAAGCCUCAUGCCACAGCCAUCUGCCAACUCUUCGGCGUCAUUCAAGCCUUCUGUCACGGCUGCCACACGCCGCUUCUCGUAUCGUGGGAGUCGGUCGCAAGGCGAGGCUUUCCCGUCUUCAUCGGUCGCGACUCCAACAUGUGGCCCGAUGCCUUGGCUCAUUGGAUCAUCAAGCGCUGGUUCUGCUCAACUUGCAUCAAGCUUCCAAUCUGGCAAUUCAUCUCUGAGAACCAUCUGAACCUCUGGCAGCUCACUUCACUUGCCGUCAUGAAUGAGGAAUCCAUCCUUGUCGAUGGAGUGCGCUGGUAUCGCUACGUCGAUGUGCUCCGUGUCAAGGCCGACAUCCUGCGCUGGGCUACCGCUCAAGCUCAGGCUCAGCCGUCGCUUGAGAUGGAGCGCAGUGUCUUCUUCGCCGACUCUUCGAGCGAGAGCCUGUUUGCUGAGGCAAACAGCUUGCGCCUCCUCGCCGACAUCGGCAACCCUCAGGCCACCUCUAUCAACGACAUCGUUCACCGUCAAGACACAGCUGUCCCUCCAGCCCAUGGUCACGGCACGUCAGAUGCGGCACCUCCUCCCGCAGGCCCAGCCCAUAGCAAUGUACUCCCCUUCGAGCUCUGGCCCCAGUACGCUCAAUCUCAUCAUCAACAUCAGCAGCAGCUCUAUCAAGAUUACGCAACGUCGUCUCAGGCCGCCGAGAAUAUGGUGCGGAUGGCUCUGGGUCACGCCGACGCUACAAGCCAUGUCGGCCACUCUCGCACACAGAGUCGUCCCUCCCUCGCCACAAACAGCGCCCAGUCCAGCGACGACUACUUCUGGCGCAACUAUCUCCUGCCAGCGUUUGACCACCGACCCACCUCUACUGAGGGUGCUGGCAGCGGCAGCGACGUCGAAUGCAGCCUACCGCGUCCUCCUACCACCGGCGAUAACUCGAUGACCUCUUCUCGUGAGCCGGUCACUGCCACACCCGAUACUGCCACGUCUGUUGCGGGCCAAGGGACGGGGGAAAUCAAGCCCAAGUCACCUCAGCCAGCCGCAGGCUCAACACCUGGCCUCCGAGCUGCUCCUGCCGCUCCUUUGGGAGGCGAGUCCGUGGCUGAGGCUAGCUCCAGCGCCAAAGUCAAGGACACCGGCAGCAGCGCCGCCAACGCAAGCAUCAGUCAGCCUGACAAAGCUAGCACAUCUCCUGCCCAGCCGCCGGCAAAGAAGACCCGUCGACCUGCCGCCAAGACGCUGGAGGAGAAGGCUGCCCGGCAAGCCGAACGCGAUGAAGCCAAGCGUGUCCGUGCCGAAGAGCGUGAGCGCGAGAAGCAACGCAGGGCGGCUGAGCGUGAGAAAGAGAACCAGCGAAGGAUCGCCCGCAAGCAAGCAGAGAUCCAGAAGCAGACCGCUGAGCGUGCGGCUAGGCAGGCUGAACUGCGCAGGGUUGCGCAGGAGAAGGCUGAAGCCGCUGCUGCCGCCGCAGCCGAGCGUCAGGCGAGGAGACGCCAGGCUCAGCCGGCCAUGCCAAAGAAGAAGAGGACCACUCCUUCCCGCAAGCGUAAGGCCAAAAGACAGCCUACUUCGGACGAGGACGACGCCGACGAGGCUGGUCCCAGUGGCAGCCCUGCCCCCAAGGCUGGUCCUAGCGGAAGCUCCUCCGCACCCGCACUGAAGAAGCAAGUGACCAAAGGAUCCUCCCUCCCAGCAGGCGGAUACGUUGACUCUCAAUUCGACGAGCUUGCUGAGAGCCCGCAGGACGACGAUGAAGAGCCUGAGGAGGCUGACGAACAGGACGAAGAUGCCUCCGUUGAGCGGGAUGAAUCAGACUCUGCCUCUUCCUCUGCCCUCUUUGCCAACACAGACGAAAGUCGCCGUCAGAUCAUGCGCGACGUCAAAGAACAGCAACUCUCUGCCGCCCUUCUUGCCCGAGGCUAUAAGCUCACCUCGGACGCCAUGACCUGUUCAGAGAUCCGCGCGUGGAUCGAGGGCAGGUGGGUAGACUCACUGUUGCCUAAUGGCAUCAAUUGUGCUGACGACGUCGUGGACAGGGUAGUCAGGACGUGGGGGGCUGCGGCGCGAGAGGCUGAUGGGAAAGGGAGAGACGGCAGAGGACGAAGCGCUGCGGCAUCAAUCACUGCUGGGACCUCUUCUUCUAUGCUCUCUGAGCAGCUUCUGCCUCAGAAGCAGCAACGUGCCGAACGACAGGGAGGCAUGGAUCCUGAUGCUCCAGCUCAUCAGAGCAACUCUCAUUACGCCGUCAGUGGCACGGCUUCUCACGACCGCUCUCUCGACCAAUCCUUCGCCACUGCCAACAGCAAGCCAGGUGACGCAGCAGACGAGCGUCAAGCCAACUCCACCAUGGAUCUCGUCCCGCUCGAUGGAGACAGUGGAAGUGGCAAUUCCCUCGCCACCAUGAGCGGCAGGGACAGUGGGGUCGACCUCAGUCACACAGCGGCGCAGCCCGCUAACAACAGCCCCGAUCGCCUCUUUCAGCUUGCCAACCUCUCCUCUCGCUCUUCCUCGGACGCUCAGCACCAAUCCCUCCCUGUGAGGCAGCAUGACUCGCAUCCUCUUCAACAGUACCCAACUCUCCCUAAUCUACCUCAAUUCUCUCCCAACUCGUACAGCAGCCUCCGCGGACUUCUCGAUGCCGACUACCUGCGCGGCGCAUUCGUGCAGCAGGCCUCCGGUCUUAACAAUGGGCAUGAGAGAAGGGGAAGCGGCAGCUAUGGUGCAAGCAGCGGAGGGUAUCACCUGCGCUCACACAGCCAGGAUCAACAGCAGCUUCAGCAGUCGAUUGAUCUGCAGCGAUAUCGCCAUCCUAGUCUUUCAAGCGCUGGAGGCUCACACUUCGAUGCCACCAAUGAUGCAUAUAGCAAGGACAGCGGCUUUGCUUCUGGAUCCCGUGACCUUGCUCCCACCGCUGGUGGUAAGGGACAGCUCUUCGCUUCUUCCUACGCAUCGUCCGCGACCAAGACCACCGAGCAGCUCACGAUGGCUCAAAAUCGGCAGACCAUCUCGGGUCCUUCCUCUCCGGCUGGUCACAAGGACGAGACGGUGUCUGAUCCUCGAGCUGUUGCCGUCAAAAAGAAUGGAGCAAAUGCACCUGGAGACGGUAGUCCUAUUCUCCCCGUAGCAAACGCCAGCAUUUCCGCCACAAUGAACUCGACGCUUGAGCCCACUGAGAGGGGGUUGACCCUGUCCUGAGGAGUCUGCCAGGCUGCAGACAAGAGCUCAGGAGGUGACGUUGAGGCCAGUGACGGCCAUGGGAACACGACAGUAGCCGCCUCGCCGCCAGAGCAGCCAAUCGAGAAAGUACAGGCCAAGAUAUCGUAGUCGCAUCGG